AUGAAGCGCCAUCUGGCGUGUAGAGGCCAUAGCUGUUGACCGCUUAAGGACACGGACACGGUUACGGAUGCGGAUGCGGAUGCGGAUGCGGAUACGGAUGUAGAUGUCACGGACGCGGAUGUGGGCACGGACACGGACGCGAACGCGGCACCGCGACCAAUAGAUUUGGCCAAGCCCAAGUGAACUGAAGACAACGAGAGUUGCAGCCCGCCAAAGGCAACAAACCCCGGACCACAUGCAACAAUCGCAGUAACUGCGACGCCGACCGAGACUGCGACCUGGACUGAGACUGCGGCAGAGACAGCGACUGGUGGAAAAAGGAAAACAGACAGAGCGGAAGUGAGCCGCUCCGGCGACUUAUGGCCAUGUUUGUUGUACGGGUAA